CUCUCUCUCUCUCUCUCUCUCUCUCUCUCUCUCUCUCUCUCUCGCACGCACACACGCACACACUCAAAAGAUGGAAGCUUUUUCUUCUCCUAAAGUUUCAUCACUGCUCUUAUUUUCUCUCUUUGUGAGUUCAUUAAUGGCUACUGCUUCUGCUGGUAAUUUCUACCAAGACUUUGAUUUAACAUGGGGUGAUCGACGUGCUAAAAUAGUUGAUGGAGGAAAGCUUCUCAUGCUUUCACUCGACAGGGCCUCCGGCUCGGGCUUCCAGUCCAAGAAAGAGUAUCUGUUUGGAAGAAUCGACAUGCAACUCAAGCUUGUUUCCGGUAACUCUGCAGGCACCGUCACUGCAUACUAUUUGUCUUCUCAAGGGCAAACACAUGAUGAGAUUGAUUUUGAGUUCUUGGGAAACCUUAGUGGAGACCCUUAUAUUCUUCAUACCAAUGUGUUUACCCAAGGGAAGGGAAACAGAGAGCAGCAGUUCUACCUCUGGUUUGAUCCAACAAAAAAUUUCCACACCUAUUCUAUCAUAUGGAAUCGCCAAAGGAUCAUCUUCCUGGUAGACAACUUCCCCAUAAGACAAUUCCAGAAUCAAGAAUCAAUUGGUGUUCCUUUUCCAAAAUCUCAACCCAUGAGGAUAUAUUCAAGCCUGUGGAAUGCUGAUAACUGGGCAACCAGAGGCGGGGUCGUAAAGAUUGAUUGGUCUAAGGCUCCUUUCACAGCCUUCUAUAGAAACUUCAAUGCUGCCGCCUGUAUUUGGUCCUACGGUUCUUCAUCUUGUGCUUCCAAGUCUGUUAGUCCAAUGUCAAAUAUUGGUUGGCAGACUCAAGGACUAGACGCAAAAAGCAGAAGAAGACUCAGAUGGGUACAAAGGUAUUACAUGAUUUACAAUUAUUGCACUGACAUGAAGCGUUUCCCAGAGGGUAUCCCGCCAGAGUGCCGACGUUCAAGGUCCAUUUAGAGAGAAAGUAUUACUUAUUGCAUGAGUACUUUGUGAAAUAUCUGUUGGUGAAGGGAUGCUUAUCGCCAAUAUUCUAGCUUAGGAGAUUGUAAAUGAAUUAAAUAAAGGAAGUUAUUUAAUUUGAGCUACAUCUUGUUUU